AAAAACAGACUCAGCUGUUUCCCGUAAACAAGCUGCAGACUAAGUCGUAGAAAAAAAAUAGGUAAACUUUAGGUCAUCGACUGUAAAAUCAUUGUAUUUAGUUUCUGGGAGAUAGUGUCCUGCCCAAACUCAGUUAAAAUAAUUCGUCGUCAUUCUCAUUUGGAUAUUCCUCGUCAACAAAUCAUUUUCUUUGUUGUUCUGUUUUUCUAUUGACCUACUCCCUUGAUUUGCUUAUCGCACUUAAACCUCGCCAUCAUCUUCUGACUAUUGCUAUUUUGUUGUUGUUGGAGAUGUCUGCCAGUGAGUCCCCACAGCGUCGCCUGAGUCGCCCAAUUGGGCUUACUCUCAGGCCAGAAUCUGUUGCCGAGAAGUCUUUCAUGGAGAGCAUGGCAGGAUUCAUUCAUGAAGUGGUCCCACAGGCGUAUGGAGGCUGCCACACUGCUGGAGAAGCAUCAGACCCAAUCUUGUGGGCAAAGAUUGAGCAAAUGGAUGGCGGAGUCUGCCAUUCUCAGAGUUCCAUCUUGCACAAGACCAAUCUACCUCUCUUGCUCGUAUUGGGCUUUAACACAGGAGUUCAGAUGUGGACUAUACAAGCAUCUGGAGAGGCUCAAGAGAUUCUCUCGUGGAAUGUAGGACCAAUUAAGGUGUUCCGCUUACUGCCCGAUCCAGUCUUGAACAUAUCGGAAGAUCUCUACGCGACCAAACGUCCGAUUGUGGCAAUAAGCGAAAGCACUGGUCCUGCUUCGCAACUACAUCCAGUGACAUUCGUAUCUCUCCGUACGGGAGAGCAAGUCAAAAUUAUUCGCUUCAAAAAUCCCGUGGCGGAUAUUUUAGCCAAUCGUCGUACAGUAGUGGUUACUUUCCCCGAGAAGGUGGCCGUCUUCAGCAGUACUACGUUCGAGGAUCAAGUAGUAUUGACUCAUUGCUACCCACCGAGCUCGAGUCCUUACUCGAACCCAGUCGCAUUGGGGUCACGUUGGCUGGCCUACGCCGAGAAGCGCCUUCUUUCAAUUCACCGAUGCGGAGGUGGCUUCGAGGGCGAAGGCAUUCAGUCCUACACGGCCACCGUCAUCCACGCGGCCAAGAGCUUGACCAAAGGACUUAGAGAAUUUGGCGAAACGUUUCUUACUGGCCAACGGAACGUUUCUUCAUUGCCGUCUACAUCCUCUCAACAGGGACCUCAACCAGGUGUAGUGACGGUUAUCGACCUGGAAGGAGUAGCUCGUGGAGAAGUAAAUCUACGAGAUGAUGUUGAAGGCGUAGUGGCCCAUUUCGUUGCUCAUGCCAACCAGGCCAUUAGUUAUUUGGCCUUUGAUCCAUCAGGGACCCUGCUCUUCACAGCUGAUAGACAGGGCCAUAAUUUCCACAUUUUUCGGUUGCAUCCAGCACCGUGUGGUACUAGGCAAAGUGCCGUUCACCAUCUGUACACUCUCUACCGAGGUGAUACGACGGCUCGUGUUCAAGACGUGGCCUUCGCCACCGACUCACGUUGGGUGGCCGUAACAACCAUGCGUGGCACAACGCAUGUUUUCCCCAUCAGCCCGUACGGCGGAUCGGUGGGAGUGCGGACGCAUACAUCUCAAAGAGUGGUGAACCGCCUAAGUCGAUUUCAUCGAAGUGCCGGUCUGGAUGAUACGCCUUCAUCAGGUCGCAGUAGUCCCGUCCUUUCUGCUUCGCCUAGCAAUAGCCGCCCUCAAGAAUCAACCACCCUCUUGCCCUACCCCAAUUCACGCCUGCCACCAUACCCUCAUCCGACAGUUGUUGUCCCGCUAGUGCAAUUGCGCUCGUCUUUCAUGGGAGGAACUACUGGAAACCGUGGAGUACCUGCUUCUCCAGCUCUUUCUAACGCUCGCAAGUUUUCAGACUUGGACGACGGCACGGGAGUUGUCCGCGUCACCUGUUGCUUUGCUCCUCCAAGAGGAGCUGUACCACUUGCAGGUCACGCUUUGAAUGUGGCCAAUUCAGCCGCUCACCGAGAUCGUCUUCAACGACGUACCGCUGAAUCGCUCUACGUCAUGUCGUGCCACGGAUCACUGGUGGAAUAUGGACUUGAGCCUCGUUUGGCGGCCGGAAUUCCACGCGAAAAAGUUUGCGAUAAGAGUUCGAUCGAGCUGGACAUUGUCCCAUUAGCUCAGUGGCCUAUACACCGACCACUUUACAAUGCUGCAGAUCUUCCACCUCCUCUAGCAUCGAGCAUCCUUUCAUUGAUCACCAACGGACCUGAAACGGAUGAUAAAAAUGAAUCGCCUUCAGCUAGAGUACCUUUAUCCGGCAAAGAGAUGCAGGAAACUUGGCUAGCACAUGUUGAAAUCAACACACAUGCCGGACCUCACAGGAGGCUUUGGAUGGGCCCCCAAUUUACAUUUAAAACACUUAAACGAGACAGCACGUGCAAUCUUGCUGAGAUCGAGGCAUCAGAUGUUGAUAUUUUGACACGACCAGCCCGCUCAAACCCAGUAAAUAUGCCUGACAAGAAUGAAAUGCCAAUUCAAGGACUGCCGGUGAUCACUGGGGAAGGCUCUGCCAGCAGUUACGAGCAAUCCCCAAGAUUUCUAGCAGGUUGUGGAAGAGAGCGCUAUAGCACUCGUCGCUGCGAUUCAGAGGGUUCCAUAUCCGACAUGGUCCCCAAAGUUGAAGUGGAAUUACAGUUGAAAGAAAAUUUAGCAGACGCAAUGCAAGAAAUGCCGUCAACAGGAUCUCAUCUUCCCGAAGAUGAUGGCAGUGAGCGUCGCACUCAUUAUUUCAUGGAUGAUGAUCGUGUCAAUUGGCCUCAAACAUCUAUAUCCUCGUCGAACCCACCGGCAUCGCUCAAUAAUGACGAGGAUCUUCUGGAUUUUGAGCUGGAAAGUGAGACAUGCUUGCGGUCACCUCCAUUGCCCCCGCGGUUUACCAUUGACUCUCUAAAUCGUAAUUCUUCGGCGAUCAAGGACACUUCGGAAGUGUCUAGGGUUGACAAAGACUACAGCUUCUUUGCCAGCGAUGAAGUCGUCAGUGGCUUGUCGGUCGAUGUUGCCUUCUUUCCCGACGCGUCGCGAAGUGCCGGAGAAAGUAGUUCUAACGAAGAAGAUAUAGUGACUGUCCCCACUUGCGAACAGGACGGUUCUCGCUCUGAUCGCAAAAGUAAGAAAAAUCGUAAAAAGAAGAAGUGAGUACGGUCUUUCUGCAGGUCGGUUGUUGUACUCUAUUUUCGGGUUUUCUCUGCGUGUGGUUCCAAUUAGGUUUUCAUUUUUUUGUCCUUCGCGACUCCAUCAAGUGAGACAUAGCAUGACGCGGAAACUUCUUCUUUAUUCUGCUCGUUGUUACACGCCUUUUUUUAUUUCUUGAAUAUAUUAUUCAGCCAUGCAUCAGAAGGUAAUUCGUAUGAUUUGUCAUACGCAUUAUUAAGGAAAAGACAAAAAAAAACGCAAUUUUUAGUCUCCUUAUCAGUUUCUUCGUUUUCUCUUGUUAAAUGCGUAUUUGCAGGUGAUGCGUAGAUGUGAGCUCUUGGUGCAGUGUCCAAUUUUCAAUCAGUCGCAAAUAGCGAUUAUCGCUAGUUUUCUAGCUAACCCACAAUAACAUAUUUUUAGUAGAAUAGACUUGUCAUUGCACCAAUCUCUUGUCGGUAGAUCUCAAUCAUCUCACCGCAUCUUUGUGCUUUAAGAAAACGGUAUAGGUAAAUAAUCAUCUAACACACAAUAAGCCUCAAUAGCAAACACCUGCUGACCUUUAACUGUUUACUCGCUUGAUUAUCCGAGCGUGAUAUAUCAUUGAUCGAUGCCCAUCGCUCGUCUUCAACCUCAUUUCUCCAUGGGCUGUUAUGAAGAAAUCAUUCAAAAAUAUACAUAGUUCAUUCAUAACAUACCGACCACAUAAACACUGGAGAACUUUCUGUCACGUUGAUGUGUAUCGUUGAACGAACGUCAAUACAAAUUCAUUUCGUGCUCAAA